AUGGGGAGUAACCCUAGCAAAAAUGAACAAAUAACAAGAUCUAGUCCAAAAAGUGAAAGUACAGAUCAAAAUGUAUCAAAAACAGAAACAGUUGUUGACGGGCCUUUAGUUGUGAUAGCAAUAGAUUUUGGAACAGUACAUUCAGGAUUUGCAUACUCAUUUAAAGGUUAUGAGAAUAAUGUCAAAUCAGCAACACAUGGGGGUUUAAGAGAGUCUGACCUCCAAUGGAUGAUAACUAUUCCAGCUAUUUCCAGUGAUUCUGCAAGACAGUUUAUGCGCGAGGCAGCUAGGGAUGCAGGGAUUCCUGAGAACCAGCUACGUUUGGUCCUGGAACCAGAAGCUGCUGCCCUGUAUUCCCAGAAACAAACAAUGCUAGAUUUAGAUUUAGUCUGUCGUCAACAAACAUUGCUAGAUGACGACAGACUUCCUGUUGGAUUUAAGUACGUCCUCGCUGAUCUUGGUGGUGGCACAUCUGAUUUUUGUGUACAUGAAGUUCUAGGGGGUAGUAAACUCAGGGAAGUGUAUAGAGCAACAGGAGAAAUAGCAGGAGGGAUUGAUGUUGAUGCUGAAUUUGUAUCUUGUAUGAAAGAAUUAGUAGGUGAGCAGGUGUGGGCCGAGUUCCAAUCAAACUAUACCUCGGCUUAUAUAGAUUUAAUGAAUAACUUCCAAAAACAGAAACAAAUAUUUUCAUCUUCUAAUAAAGCAACAGAACUAAAAAUUGAAAAUGCCCUUUUGUAUGUUUUAGAAGAAAGGAAGGAACUUUCUUUGCCAGUCAAAAUCAAAGAGUCAAAGAAUGCUGAGAAAAUGGAAUAUUUUCCUAUUGAAGCAAGGCUUAACAUACACUGUGACCUAAUGAAGCUAUUCUUCAAGCCUUCCAUUGAUAAAAUUGUUAAAUUAGUGAAUACAAUACUUGAAGAAUGUACUGGAGAUAUUAAUACACUACUGCUUGUUGGAGGUUACAGCGAAUCUCCAUAUCUAAGGGAGAGAAUUCAGUCUGAGUUCAGUAAUAUGAGAGUUGUCCUUGUAGAAGAUGCUAGACUGGCUGUGUUAAAUGGAGCAGUGUUGAUGGGCUGGAAACCUAGAAACAUCAUACAACGCAGGUCAAGGUUUACAUAUGGAUUUGUUGUUAGAGUGCCAUUCAUAGAUGGAAAGCAUCCAGAGAGUCAUAAGAUCUUACAUAAUGGACAGUUUUGGUGUAGCUUGGUAUUUAGGAAGAUGAUAGAGAAAGGUCAGAUAGUGGAAUAUGGACAAACAUUCAUACAUGCAGGAUAUUGUACAGCCAGGAAACCAGAACAGAAACGUAAGGAGAGAUAUACAUCACUGUGGAGAUCUACAAGAAAGAAUCCUCAGUACUGUAUAGAGCAAGAUGAGUGUAGUGUGGUAGGAGAGAUUGUGAAGAAACCUCCACCAGACGGAUGGCCUGACUGCUGGGAUACUGAGACACAUCUCAUAGUGGGGGAGACAGAGUUCAUAGUGAAAAAUUUCAAUCUUACAACAGGUCAGGAGUAUGAAGCUCAAAUGAACUUUCUAUGA